GGAGAAAGUUAGAGGACAUCGUAGGGAGGAGGAUGAAUGGGUCAGGCUAGACUAGACCUGUCAGCAAAAAGUAAAAGGCGCUCGCAUAACUGUUACCAGCAGUGUGAGAUUUCUUAGCAAUUCAGAUAUUUUAUCAUUGGGAGAGGGUAGAUGAACUAAAAUGGACACCAUACUUGAUUCCCAAGACCUUUGAUCCAUCUAACGGUAUCUCCCCAGGAGAGGGGGAGUGGUUCCGCUGACAUUGCGCAUGUGCAGAACUUUAGUUCGCUCUCUACAGCUGUGGUUGCCGUGGCACCAAGAAGAGAAGGAGGUGGUGGUUGAAAACUGAACGUGAAGCUGCUACCUGAGACGUUGGGGGCGAGCAGCACUUACGGGCAUGAAGGACCGGCUGACAGAGCUGUCAGCGGUUAAAGGAAAUGAUGAAGAUGGGGAGACGGUGGUUGUUGUUCAGAAAGAACAAUUCAUGGAUGAUUUUUUCCUUCAGGUAGAAGAAAUAAGAAAUUGCAUUGCUAAAAUAGCAGAUAAUGUAGAGGAGAUGAAGAAGAAUCACAGCAAAAUUUUAUCGGCACCAAAUCCAGAAGACAAAACAAAGGAAGACCUUGAAAAACUUAAUCAAGAAAUCAAGAACAUUGCCAAUAAAGUCAGAACCAAAUUAAAGUCCAUUGCACAAACUAUUCAUCAGGAUGAGAGUGCCAACAGAACCUCCGUGAAUUUACGAAUACGAAAAUCUCAGCAUACAGUAUUGUCCAGAAAAUUUGGAGAAGUAAUGACUGAGUACAAUGAAACCCAAGUCCAAUUUCGAGAACGCAGUAAAGGGCGAAUACAACGACAGCUAGAAAUAACUGGAAAAACAACCACAGAUGAUGAACUGGAAGAAAUGCUGGAGAGUGGGAACCCUUCUAUCUUUACAUCAGAUAUUAUUUCAGAUUCUCAAAUCACCAAGCAAGCACUAAAUGAAAUCGAAUCCCGUCACAAAGACAUCAUAAAGCUUGAGUCCAGCAUACGGGAACUACAUGACAUGUUUGUUGAUAUAGCAACGUUGGUGGAAUCACAGGGUGAAAUGAUAAACAGCAUAGAGAAGAACGUUGAAAAUGCUGCUGAGUACAUUGAACAUGCCAAAGAAGAAACAAAAAAAGCAGUGAAAUACCAGAGCAAAUCCCGGAGGAAAAAAUGGAUUGCUGCCUUUUUAGUGCUGGUGCUGAUUGGCUUAAUUGCCUUGAUUGUUGGCUUGUCAGUUGGCCUUAAAUGAAAAUUGGAAUAUUUCCAUUAAGCUGAUCUUUAUCAUUAUCUGUGUAGUCAUCUUACUGUUGAUCAUUGCAAUCAUCUUGGCUACAACGCUGACCUAAGCAUAUAUAAGGACCUCAGAAGACUCCCCAUCCAAGCCAUGCCUUCAAUGGAAUUUUCCACCAAGCUUUCUGUUGGAUACCUUUAUUUUUCCACCAGGGAAAACAGCCUGCUCUAGCAACUCUAAACCUGCUUGGCUCCUUUUUCAGCAGAAGGACUGUUUCAUUUUUGCACUUGAAACAGCAGUCAAGACCAACUUUGACUGGAAAUGUGGUGCAGCUAAUGAAUAUCUGCUUCUAAAGCCAAGUCAGCAGCCCACAAGCACCGGAACAAUGACCAUAUCAUUUAUUAUACUAAGGAUUCCACGUUUUUUUUCAGAAAGGUUGAGCUAGCUUUGGCACUAACGGAAAUGAGAUGGUAAAUGUGCAAUCUUUAACUUUACUAUUUUGUGAUUUAUAUUUUAUUGGGUAUUUGAUUCACCAUGGACUCCUCUGGUAACCUUUUCUCUGUUUAGUGCCUUAUUAGGUAGAAUGGUUUCAAUCCAAUCUGUCAACUACAAGUGUAAAGGUUUAUUCAAGCCCAGUUAACCAAAAAUCGGUAAUGGGUAGAAACUCCUCUGUGCUUGUAUAUCUGUGUAUGUAGUUAACAUACAUUCAUUGAUGGAAAGUGGAGGGCAUGACAUGACCCAUAUUAACUGCAAAAGGGGUAAUAAUUGUCUUAAUUAUUUUAAUCACCAUAUGUUUGCCCAAACAAAAGGGGAAAAAAAUGUUAAAAACUGUUUUAGGGGAAACGUUAUGCUUUUAGCUGCCAGUUGGGUGGUUCCAGGUAUGAGAGUGCUGAGUUUUAGUCUCAUGUAUGUAAAGACAGUGCAAGCUAAAAUCAUUGGGGGGGGGGGGGAGAAAUUUUUUAAAUACCUCCCAGUAAUUAUAAUUGCAGUAGAAUUUCUGUAUUGUGCAUAUGCUCACCAAGGGAGCAGUUGGUUUGGCCAAAAUACUGCUGAAUCCUGGAAAAAAUGCUAAUAUUUGGCCAAAUUCAGUAUGUGGUACAACCCUUAUUGUCCUUUUAAAGAUUGCUUUUUGAAGUAGCACUAUUUUCAGAGCAGCCUAGUCACAGACCUCCGAUUUGCAUUGCUGAAAGGGUUAAAACCUAUUCUUAAAUACCACCUCUGCACACUUUUUUUUUCUCUGUUUCU